AUGGCGACCAUGCCCCCACCGAGCUUCCGGGUCCCCGAGCCGGCCGAGACGCGGUGCGACCCGGCCACCUACCCCCCCGAGUCCAGAGCGGCCAUCAAUACCUUCUGCGAGAAGAUCACAGGAUCUCUGCGGGAUGUCCUUGGGCCACGGGAGGCCUUCCUCAGGUCCAUGCAGCUUUUCCUGGUGGGGGAGCUGCCAGAUCUGCCAGCUAUGAGAACUGUGGCAGACAUGAGAGCCAGGCUGGUGGCCACCCAUGCACCCCAGGCACCAGAGGGAGAGGCUGGGCUUGGCAUGCAGGCUCCACCCCCCAAGAACCGAGGGAAGAACGACCCCCCUGUGGUCAUGGCCAGCACCAAGGGUCGGCGGGACCUGAAGUCCCUGGGUCUGAGCUACCUGGAUCAGGGCCCCAGCUCUGUGCAGGGGCCUGCCUGCCAGCAGGGGGAUGGCUCUGUGCAGGGGGCCAGGCUGCCCCUGGUGCCUGGCCUAGCUGUGGAGGAGGAGGCUGGCGCCACCAGGGAGGGGGGGGAGGCUGGCGCCACCAUGGAGGGGGGCAGGGCUGCAGCUCCCAGGCCCAUGGAGGAGGAGGAGGAGGGGGCUGGCCCCUCCAGGCCAGUGGUGGAGGAGGCUGCACCUGCACCCAUGGAGGUGGAGGCUGCCCCAGCCGAGGAGCAGCAGCCUGGGCCUGCCUCUGGGCACGGCUCCCAGACCCCCCCCGCCUCCACCGGGCGGCAGCAGAGCCCUGGCGCCCGGGUCGCCGUGCCCGCGCCCCGUCCCGGCGGCGCCGACGGGCCACCCCCUGCAGGAGACCACGGCCCCGCUGCUGCCAUGGUGGGCGCCAGCACACACCCCGACCAGGGCGAGGGGCAGGCUGUGGGCCGCAGCGACGUGCAGAGGGUCGCCGAGGCCCUCCAUGGCAAGGCGACCACCCGUGCUCUGCAGAUGGCCAUUGCCGCGGAGGACUUUGGCGCCACGCCCUCUGGGUCGGGGCCGGCACCUCAGCCCACCCCACCGCGCGUCCCCGACCCGCCGCCCCGCGGCAAGGGCAAGGCCGACGCCACCGCCGCCGGCACCACGGCAAGCCAGCAGCCCGAGCCUGGUUCGCAGCCCGCCGCCGCCGGCGUCCAAGGCGGCGUGUCGCCGGUGACCCCCCUGCUCACCCCCCCCGUCGAGGAGGCGGGCCCCGGCCAGCCGCCCGACUCUCGGGCGGGUCCCGCCGAGGCGACGCGCUCUGGGCUGCCCGGCCCCGAGACGCAGGCGACGCGCACGCCGCCCCACAGCCGCCCCGAGGAGGUCGCCGCGGUUCCCCUCCCGGGAGCGCCGGACCCGGCGUGGGUCGGGGUCCUGGGGUUGGGCGUGACGCUGCUCCCGUGGCAGCACGGACCUUUGGCCCCAAUGACGAUCGUGUCCACACCAGUGCCGGAGGGGGGGGCGCCCUUUCGGACCGGCCUCGACGCCGACUACGCCCACCCAAUCGAAUACGGCGAUGGAUACUGGGGCGAGGAGGCCGAGUGCGUCCCGCCCUCGCCGGGGCGCGAGGCCGGGCCUGCCCUGUGGGACCCGGCGGGGCUGCCGAUCCCAUCCAGCCGGGAGAUGGACCUGGCGAUGGCGUACAACCUUGGGCACCCCAACCCCUACCCCUUCACCGGGCGUGCGCCCCGCUCGCGCGCGCAGGGUGCACCCCUCCGCCCGCGCUCGCCCUCCCCCCCCGCAGAGCUGCCGCUGCCCUUUGUGCCGGGCCUCGAACCGGGGUGCUACGCGGGGUCGAGGACCCUGGUCAGGGCGGCCAGCCCCCCCGAGGCAGUCCGCGCCGCCGGCCUGGUCAACGAUGUCGACUACGAGAGCCUGGGGUAUGAGCGCAUGGACAGCGUCGAGGUCAGCGGGGACGGUAAUUGCUUCUUGUACGCGCUCAGUGCGCAUCUACACGCGCAGGACUUCCAUUCGCUCGCCCAUGGAAAGGAUCCUACGAGAGAGGGGCUUAGGGCCCCCGAGUACCUGGAGAUGAUGAACACGCGCCAGGCCCAACUGCGGCGACAGGUGUGCGAUCACAUCCGCGCCGCCUGCCAGGGCGACGGAGAGCGGGGCAGCGAGUUCCUCAGCGUCUUCCGGCACAGCGGGAUGUGGGACCACCUGCAGCCCCAGCAGGCCCGGGAGUGCAUAGGGCCCGUGGGAGAUCCGGCGGGCCGCACCCUCGAGGACUAUCUGUGGCUGAUGGGCAGCCCCUCCCUGGGCGUGUGGACGCCGUCGGAGUUUGUCGCGGAGGCCGCCAAGUGCUUCCGGGUGGACAUCUUGUGCUUUGUCCGCAACCUCGGCAGGCCGGCGGGCAGGGCACCUGUCCGCCUCGACACCUACCUCUCCGGCGCCCCGCCAGGCACGCGCGUGCGACAGGUGUUUGUCGAGUUCUUGCACUACGACGGGGCGAGUGGCCACUACAACGCGCUCUGGCCCCGGGGCGUGCCGUACGGGCCCACCCGGUUCUGGCACCGCGCCACCGGGCCGGCCCCCUCCGCCCCGGUGGUGCUCCUCAGCGUCUCCUCCGCGGCGUCCAGGUCCUCCCGUGCCACGGAGUCGCUCGGGCCGCCCGGGGAGCAGUGCCUGGCGCCGGUGUCGGAGUCCAGGGAGGCGCCGUCCGGCAUCCCCGCCAACCUGAAGGUCUACUCCCACCGUGCGCCGGGCGAGACCGAGCUGCUGUCCCUGGACCCGGGCCCCCGCAUCCGCAAGCUGCGCAAGCGGGCGGGCCGCGCCGCCGACUUCGGGCCGAGCGCGCUGCUGGGGUCGCUGAGCGGGGGCGAGACGAGCGACCAGGUGUUCCUGUACGUGGACACGGCGGCGUCGGAGGGGGCGUUCCGCGUGCUCUUCGCCGUGCUGCGCUACUGCCUCAGCGACGGCCCCGCCGCCGACCUGGGGUCCCACGUGGCGGCAGGCAACACCGGCGGGUCGGUCACCCCCAGCAACACGCAGCACAUGCGCAACUCGCUGCACACCCGGCCGGAGCGCGCGUGCUACAUCCCGGGCUCCGGCAACAAGCUGUACGGCCGGCACGAGCUCCGGCGCUUUGCCGACGUCAUGCAGGACGACCGGGUCCUGGAGCACGUGCUGGCGCCCGAGUCGGAGGUGGUGCGGGAGGAGGUGCGCCAGCUGUGGCCCACCCACUGCCGCCUGCUGGUCCUGAGCUUCUUCAGGCGCCGCUCGCUGUGCGAGCGGCGGCACCGCCCGCUGCGGUGCACGCAGCACGAGAACCAUGCCAACGACCCCACCAAGGAUCAGGCCGUGGGCGAGGCGCACGCCAUCCUCGGCCAGUACCUGGAGUUGGACACCGAUGCCGCGGACGUGUACGGGGCCCUCUGGAUCGGCGCCGACCUGCAACUGGGGGUCACGCGCAAGGACGACCUGGGGCAGUGGCUCUUCUGCCGGGCCGAUGUGGAGAGGCUGGACCUGCGCGGCAUGCCCGCGGCGCGCUUCCUGGAGCCCCGCUACAUGCAGCGCGCCGGGCUGGCCCUGCUCCUGCCCGACGGCCUGGCCCGGAGCCAGUUCCGGGGCUGCCGCGCCAACCUCUACAACUGGGGCGGCAGCAAGGUGCUGGGCGUGGGCGUGGAGGGCCAGACGCCGGCCUCCGAGGUGUGGGCCGCCACCUCCCCUGUGGCCAGGCGGCGCACGCCGAUGCCGGAGGGGGUCUGCGACUUCCUCGUCGGCCGCCACCGCCGCAAGGUGCUGAGACACGGGAGGGAGUGGGCCGCGCUGGCCUCCAGCUACCGCGGCGACUCGGUGCAGUUCAUAAUCUACAACGGCAUGCCGGCCCACGUGAAGAAGACGCAGCCCAUCAUCAACGGCUCGGCGGUGCACGAGGCCAUCUCCACCCUGGUGGCCUAUGGCGCCAACGCGCACUGCGUGGUCCCGGGCACGAUGCACAAGCGCGGCGAGGUGGUCGUCAACAAGCUGUUCACCGCGCUGGGGCUGAUGUCGCGGGAGGGAAACCCGCUGCGCGUGGAGCUAGGCAUCCCGCUCCGCGCGCAGUCCGGCACCGGUGGCGUGCCCCCGCAGCUCACCCUGCGGCAGUGCGCCGCCAACGCACUGGUCGCGGUGAACGAGCGCAUCCGCGCGCUGGACUGCACCAAGCUGCGCUGCGUGCCCUGGGCCGACAUGCUCCAGAUUUGGUGGGCUUAUGCCAAGCAGUGGAAGGCCGCGCACGACAUGCUGGUCGAGCGACCGCGGCCCUUCCCGAUGCCGCACGGCGUGGCGGAGCACUUCUACCGGGGGAUGGGCGCCAUGACGGUGGUGCUGAACGCCAACCUGGAGCGCUGGCACGCCACCAACUGGCGCACCAUCGCCGAGCGCACGGGGCAGCUGGGCGCGCCCUGCCUGGACGCGUUCCGGGUCAAGGUGCUGCUGGGCCACGAAGCUUUUCCUGUGGAUGAGAUGUGGCCGCUCCAAGCCCAUGAACUGUCCCGGUGCCUUGCGCCGAUCCUGAAGCUGUAUGCGUACGAGGCCCUGACAAAUACGCGCGAGCACACCAUCGUGCACAUGGACCUCCUAACCUUUCGCGGCCACGACCCCGACGUGCUACCGGAGGCGCAUCCAUACGUGAGUGUGUUGGGUGGGUUGAGGGUCUAG